AUGGAGAAGGAUGGAUAUUAUGUCAACGCACAGAGUACCAACAAGUUAGCAUGCAAGGGUCGCAGUGCAUUCCCAUAUAUAUCAAGUAAAAAUUCAGAGUCGUCCAGAAAUAGCUAUGUAAAGAUUUAUGUUGUAAAGGACCUGACAACUCAGCCAGAUGUUGCCAGGUCAACACGUGAUUCAUUCCAACAGUGUGAAGCACUUCCCUAUGAUGGCACAGAUCACCAUUAUUCUCCUUCGGAACCAGAAGAGGAAACCAACGAGGUUGAGAGACACAGAACAGGAAUUCAGGAGACUCAUUUGAAAGCUCAAACACAAACAGAUCCUUCAAGAACAGAAUACCUUGAGUUGAAUGAGGUUAUAAAUACAGAACAAAUGUCUCAGUUGGUGUCCUGUGAAACCAAACUCCGUGACCAAUGCAAGGGAACAACGUGCAAUAGAUAUGAAUGCCCAGCUGGUUGUUUGUACAGUAAGGGGAAAGUCAUUGGAACAUUGCAUUAUGAAAUGCAAUCAAGUAUUUGUAGAGCAGCGAUGCAUUAUGGAGUACUCGACAAUGAAGGGGGCUGGGUCGAUGUUACCAGACAAGGAAGGAAACCAUUCUUCAUAAAAGCCAAUAGGAAUGGGGUUCAAUCAUAUGGUAAAUACAGAGCUGCCAAUUCAUUUACCAUUUCCAAAGUAACAGUCCAAUCUGCUAACUGCGAGACAAGAGGACAUCAAAUGUGCACAUUCAAGAAACCAGCCUCACAUUGUCCAAGGUACAUCAAUGGUGCAUGA